GUGAUUAGUUAUGUUCUCUCUUCAGUUUCCUUCGGGCCCAUUUGUUUAAGCAAAAACAAGGAGACAGAAAAGAGGAAAAAAGGUGGGGAAAAGAAAUUUCUAGAAAAGAAGGAAGAAAUGGCCGGGAGUUUUUUUACCUCUGUUGCGGUGAACCUAGUUUCGAAAUUCGGUGAGUACCUGUUUGCUCCCAUUGGCCGUCAAUUUGGGUACGUGCUAUGCUACAAGAGCUACGUCAAAGAUCUCAAAAAUGGAGUCCAGGAGCUGGAGAUUGCAAAGGAAAGGGUGCAAUGCUCCGUCAAUGAAGCCAUGUAUGAUGGAAAACCUAUACACACUGAUGUUAAGGAUUGGCUGGAGAGUGCGACCAAGGAGGUUGAGGAAGCACAACAACUGUUAGAACGUGGCAAAAACGCAAAGAACGCUUGCUUUCGCGGGUGGAUUCCCAACCCCUUGGUGCGCCAUCCGAUAGGCAAAAAGGUGAAGGAGACAACUAAAGUCAUUCAGGGACUCCAUGGAAAAAGCAGAAAUAGUAACUUCAAGAAGGUCUACUAUGAGAAUACUCCGGCAGGAAUUGUCACUGCCGUCACUUCCGCUACAAGAUCUGUUGACAAGAAAGAAGAUGCCCUGGAGUCGAGGGUUUCAAUCACUGAGGAUGUAAUGAAGGCUUUAGCUGAUGACAAGGUCCAUGCGAUUGGGGUGUAUGGACCAGGUGGAGUUGGCAAGUCCAAGCUUUUGGUGGACAUCGAAAAGCGAGUUAAGGGAGAGAAGAUGUUCAAUGAGGUUGCCAUGGUAGAUGUAUCACGCAAACCAGAUCCAAAAAGAAUCCAGGGAGAAAUCGCUGACGCAUUGGGCUUGAAGCUAAUGAAUGUGGAAACUGUUCGUGGGAGAGCAGAUCAUUUGCGUGAGAGGUUAGAGUGUGAUCCUAAGAAAAACAUUCUCAUCAUUUUAGAUAAUUUGUGGAAAAAGCUAGAGUUAAACGAAGUUGGAAUCCCUUGCGGUGAUGAUAAUAAAGUAAGAAGCUGCAAGCUAUUGAUAACGUCUAGAUACCGAGAUGUUUUGCGCAUUGACAUGGGCAUUGACCGAGAAUUCCGACUUAAUGAGUUGGAGCAUGGAGAAGCACGAAAACUUUUUGAAAGGACAGUGGAGGACAAAGUUAACGAUCCUCAUUUUAAACCCUUGGUGGAUGGAGUGGUCAAGAAGUGUGGUGGCUUGCCUCUUUUGAUUCUAUCGGUGGCAAAAAGGUUGAAGCAUGGAGAUAUGGCUGAAUGGAGGAAUGCUUUGACCAAUAUGGAAUUAUCGGAUGCAAAAUCAAUAGUGGAACUAAAUUACAAUGACUUAGAAGAUGAGAGGAUCAAAUCAUUGUUCUUGGUUUCUGCUCUAGACUCUGGGAGAAUUGUCAUGAGGUGUUCCCUAGCAUACUGCAUGGGUUUAGGUUUAUAUAAAAAAUUCAAGACCAUAGAAGAUGCUAGGGAUAAGUUGAUUAUGGAUCUACAUAGACUGCAGGACUCUUCUUUGUUACUAGAUAGUGAUAACAUGGAAGAGAUCAAAAUGCAUGACAUAUUUGUUGACGAGGCCAUCUCUAUUGCUUCCACUCAAUGGAAUGCCUUGGUUGGGAGGGAGGAUUAUGGGUUUAAAGAAUGGUCAAAGGAUGAUCUCCAAAAAUGCACCGCAAUGUCCUUCCCUUUUGUUGGCAUUGAUGAGCUUCCAAAAAAAUUGGACUGUCCAAAUUUAAGAAUGCUUCUUUUAUAUGAAGACAACUCAUCUCUCAAAAUUUCCGAGUCAUUUUUUGAUUCUACGGAGGAGCUCCAAGUCUUGGACUUUACUCGUCUAUCUUUCACGUCUCUACCUUCAUCGAUUGAGUUCCUUGAGAACCUCAAGUCGCUAUAUCUUGAUUUCUGCCAUCUGGAGGACGUGCGUGUUCUUGGAAAGCUGAAAAGAUUGCAGUUCCUAAGCUUCCACGGAUCUGCAAUCGCUCGGCUACCCACGGAAAUAGGUGGACUUACAGAAUUGAGAUUUUUGGACUUGACUGGGUGUAAUGGGCUCGAGGUUAUUGAACCUGGUGUGCUUGGAAGCUUGGUAAAUUUAGAAGAACUGCAUAUGGAAGACAGUUUUGAUCAGUGGGAGGCCGAGGAUGAAGAACUACGAAGCAACACCAGCCUAGCUGAGUUGAAGAACAUGAAAAGGUUGAGCACUUUGUCCAUUGCCAUUCCUCAUUCUACCAAUCUCUCAAGCGACCUACCAUUUGGGAAUCUAAACGAGCAUAAAAUCCGAAUUGGGGCAUUUGUGUUUUGGUGGGUUGAAUACAAAGAAUCCAGAACUUUAGAGCUUAGCCUGGAUUCUGGCAAUCUUCUUCGUGAAGUGUGUAUGCAGGAAUGUCUGGGGAGAACGCAAGAUCUCUACUUGGAUGGAUUGCAAGAUGGCAGAGAUAGCAUUCACAACUUGUGCACCAAAGGUUUUCAGGAAUUGAAGCAUCUUUUCGUAAAAAAUAACCACUCAUUUCAGUACGUUGUUGACUCCACACAGUGCCCUACAUUUACGAGACUCGAAUCAUUGGUUCUAGUGAAUUUGAACAACUUGGAGAAGAUUUGUCACGAUUGUCUUCCCCCAGAAUCCUUCAGCAAAUUAAAGAUUGUGAGAGUGGACGAAUGCGAUGUAAUAAAACAUUUGUUUCCUUCGUCCAUGGCACAUAUAUUCCUGCAGCUAGAAGAGAUUGAAAUAACUAGAUGCCACUUGAUGCAACGAAUUAUCGGAGAUGCCGAAGCAGAUGAAUACAGAGACGAAAUUGAUGAUGAUGCCAACGUGAAGUCAUGCAAGAUACGUAGGCUAACGUUACAAAACUUGCCAGAGAUGCUGAGCUUCUAUGAAACUGAGGACCACUCAGCCGUAUUCUUGGAUGGGCAACAGGUUGCAUUGCCCUGGUUGGAGUCCUUGACACUAUCUGAACUUCCCAAAUUGAAAGAGAUAUGGAACUCUCAAUUUCCUUCAGAUGUAAGGAACCUAAAAUUUCUAAAGGUAGAGGAUUGCGCAUUCCUCUUGAGCAUCUUCCGAUCAAAUUUGGUAAUAAAGCUACAGAAUUUGGAAGCCAUAACCAUUGAAAGAUGUCAGUUACUAGGAAACGUAUUCGACCUUGAAGGACUGACAACAAGUGGGGAUGUCAAGAUUCUAUCGCAAUUGACCACAUUAACCUUGAGUGACUUACCAAGGUUGGGAUACAUAUGGAACAAGAAUCCAAGACUAGCGUUGUGUUUCCAAAACUUAAGGGUACUGAAGGUGCAAAACUGUGAGAACUUGAGGUUUCUUUUUUCUUCUUCCAUGGCUAAAGCACUCCAGCAAAUAAAAGAAAUUAAAAUAGCAAGUUGUAAACUAUUGGAGGAUAUUAUAGAUGUGCAAGAAGAAGAACCAGAGGAAGCUGCAUCCAUCGACACUUUAGAGUUCCCUCUAUUAACCUCCUUAUCUCUUGAGGAAUUGCCAAAUCUCAGGACAUUCUCUUAUGGGAAGUACCGUAUUCACUGUCCAACCUUAACAAGGCUGACGAUAACUGGAUGCCCCAGGAUGAUAACAUUCUCUUCAUUCGAAGGAAAGCAACAAACGGUAACAGCUGAUACAAGUUUACAACAAGCAUUUGGUGGUGUCAACUCUAGCUUGUCCUUGCCUAUACUCUUCAAUCAAAAUGUUCUUUUUCCGAGCUUGGAAGAGUUGACCCUCGUGUCGUUGUGUGGGUUGAUGAAGAUAUGGCACAAUCAACUUUCUGAAGAAUCAUUCUGCAAACUAGCAUCCAUCACGGUCCGAGAUUGUGAAAAUUUGUCCUAUAUUUUUCCAUCAACUUUCAUAGAGAGGCUCCGGAGCCUGAAAAGGAUUAUGGUGGUCAAGUGUGCCUCUUUGGAAGCAUUAAUGGAGCAUGUUGCUGUCAAUACUAAGAAAAGGAAAAAACGUCUGGUCUUGUUGGACUUAAAAGAAGUGAAGUUGCGGGACCUACCGAGGCUGAAUGCGUUUGUGACAAGCAGCGCCGAAGCAACAUUGAGUCUUCCCAGUUUGACUUAUGUUAGGUUGCGUUGUUGCCACAGUUUGAGAUAUCUCUUCACAAAUGACACAUCCACGACUCUUGAUAAACUUGAGAUGCUAGAUGUUUUUGGUUGCAAUAACAUGCAGGAAGUAGUUGCCACGGAAGAAAGUGAAGAGCGAAAGUUGGAGGCGGUGAAGUUCUCUCAUUUACGUACAUUGCAGCUUUGUUCCCUUAAGAGCUUGAUUAGUUUCAGCUCAGGAACUUGUGCAUAUGAGUUUCCCUCCCUUAGAAAUCUCUCAAUUUUGGAGUGCACUGAAUUCAAGGCAUUCAUAAUGAGGCUGCCAGCACCAAGAGUGGAGGCGAUGAAUGAGGGAUCUUCCAGUUUUGAUGAAAGUCCACAUUCUUUAUUUGACGAGAAGGUUGUAUUUCCCAAAUUAGAAGAGCUACAUCUAACAGGAAUUCAAUCAAAAGGACUUUGGGAGAAUGAGAUGCCCGAUGAGUCCAUUUGCCAACUAAAGGUCCUUGAGGUGAAGCGGUGUCCCGACCUAUUGAAUGUCAUUCCUUCACUCAUGGGGAAGAGGCUGCUUCACUGUAUGGAGUCCUUGACAGUUGAGGAGUGCCCACGUCUGAGAAACCUUUUUACAAUGUCGACGGCAAAAAGUCUAUUACAGCUCCAGUAUCUUGGUCUAGGGGGUUGUGGAGAGAUGGAGUACAUUGUUGCUAGAGAAGAGGAGAAACCUGAAGAAGCAAUUGACAUAAUUGUAAUUCCUCAACUUGUCACUCUAUAUCUUCACAAAAUGAUAAAGCUCAGGAGUUUCUGCCAUGGGAAGCAUAUUUCAGAGUGGCCCUCCUUGAAAGAGUUUACCGUUGAAGAUUGUAAAGCUGUGGAGGUAAUUCUAGGAGAUGCCAAUUGUGGAAGACUAGAGGGCAGCGUUCCAAUGCAGCAACCGCUUUUGCUGGUCGAUAAGAUUGAGUUCCCUAGUAUGGAGUCGAUGAAGAUCUCGCACAUGGAUAAUGUGGAAAAAUUAUGGCUGGAUGAGCUUGCUUCAAAUGCCUUUAGCAAACUCAAGACACUAAUAGUGGAGUAUUGUGAGAAACUUUCAUCUAUAUUUUCAUCUUAUACCAUCCUCACAAAAUUUAAAAACCUAGAGAAGCUAAAUGUGACCAAUUGUGGGUCCUUAAAAGUGGUUUUUCACGUCCAAGAUUACAAUUUUAGUGAAUGUCAUUCUACAAGCACUUUUCAAUUGAGAGAAUUAGUUUUGACACGGCUCCCAAAAAUGAAGCACGUGUGGAAUGGACUUCCUAAAAGAGGUCUUACCUUUGGACACUUACGAUGCAUGAAUGCAGUUGAGUGUGAGAGUCUCAAAAGUUUAUUUCCAAGCUCGGUGGCAAAAAGUAUGACACAGCUUGAGGUGCUUCAAGUAUGGUCUUGUGGGGUGGAACAAAUUAUAAUAGAGGAAGACGAAGUAGGCACAAGUGCAAGUAAUCACUUCUUUUCACAAUUGACCGACUUGAGCUUAUAUGAGUUACCGGAACUAAGGAGCUUUUAUAGGAAUAGUCAUACUUCAACAUGGCCACUCUUGAAGCAAUUGCAUGUGAGACACUGCGGCAAAAUGAAGUCACUCUCAUUUGCUUGUGAAAUCCAAAGCUGCCAAGAUACUGCUACCUGCGAAGACCCACCUGCACUCUUUUCUUUCGGAAAGGUCAUACCACACUUGGAGAGAUUGACAUUAACGGGGGAGGAUGUUGCGAAGACCUCGCCGCAUUACAUCUUUGGCAAUCUCAUAGGGCUGGUUUUGGCAUGCUACCAUGAUGAAGAUGUCGCUUUUCCCUCCGACUUCCUUCUCCAGAGAUUCCCCAAUCUAGAAGAGCUUAUUGUGGUGUGUAGUUCCUUCGAGGAGAUAUUUCCAGAAGAUGCAUCUAGAAAUGGGGGAGCCACUCGCUAUGGAGGACUUACUGACUUGCAAAAACCUCUCAAUGCACUUGGAAAUCUGAGGCGACUUAACUUGUUCAAGCUGUGUAACCUGAGGCGAGUCUGGAAAGAUGGCUCCUUGAUGGCUAAAAUCCUCAAACAGAUUGAAUAUGUGUGUGUUGCAGAAUGCCCGAGUUUAUCAAUCGUACUUCCAUCCCGACUUCAUUCCAGAGAUUGACGUAUUUAGGAGUACAGGUUUGCGCUGGUUUAGUUCAUUUGGGGACUUGCUCAGCAGUGACAAGUCUGGUGCACCUUACUCGGCUAA